AAAAUCGUCCUCAUCAAAAAUACUAUCAAAUCAGAUCUGUCCUCCCACCCAGCUCCCCAAACUUUUUACCAGAAUCAAAAUCAUGGAAAAUACUAAAAACGAAGAAUCAAGCCCUCUUUUAGCAAACCAAUCUCUGAACACCAACACCAACACUAACAAUCAUGAAUCAAACCCAACAAUCAAUGACGAAAACGUCGAUAAGAAGAAAUCAACCCAGAUCCCCAAAUCAUCACCUGAUGAUAUGAAACACUCUGAUGUACAUACACCACCAGCUGUAUAUGUCUGGACUGCUGAUGGGCUCCCAGUAAAUACGAGUGUGAAUGUGAUUGGGGAGCCCUUACCCAGGUCUCAAUGGGAUUCUGGCCUCUUUGCUUGUUUGGGCCGCAGUGAUCACUUCUGUAGCAGUGAUCUUGAAGUUUGUCUUCUUGGAAGUGUCGCCCCUUGUGUGGUCUAUGGAAGCAAUGUUGAAAGACUUGGAUCUGCACCUGGAACUUUUGCAAAUCAUUGCUUGCCUUACACUGCUCUGUAUUUUAUUGGCAAUGCCCUUUUUGGAUGGAACGGCAUGGCUCCUUGGUUUUCGUAUCCUACCCGUACUGCAAUCCGUAGGAGGUUCAACCUUGAGGGUAACUGGGAAUCUAUGAGCAAAUCAUGUGGUGGAUGCUGCAACAUGAAUGAAGAACAACUAGAGCAGGCUGAGGUGGCAUGUGAUUUUGCAACUCAUGUUUGUUGCCACCCGUGUGCUCUUUGCCAAGAAGGCCGUGAGAUUCGCCGUAGGCUUCCUCAUCCUGGGUUUGGGGCCCAGCCGAUACUAGUCAUGAUCCCCCCUGGGGAACAGACCAUGGGUCGUCAUGGAGCUUGAAAGCAUCUUGUCAUUAACUUGAAAGGAUAUUAAAAAUCUGUUUAAACUGCUUUUGAAACAUACUUAUAUAGUAAUAUAUGUGUGUAAAUAAGUCAACCAGGAGAUGCUAAGCUUGUUUGAUUAUGCGUUGUUGUGAAGAUAUUGUUCUAAAUGAAUCAACCCGUUAAGUGAA